ACUGCUCCGUUUUCUUUGCUGGACCAGGGGAGGAGGAGACGUGGCGUUUGGGGUUGUCCGUUUAAGUUGCCUUUUGGGUGCACAUUGGGCAUGGCGAGCUCUAGUAUGUCGUUACUGCUGGCUAGCAGCGGGAGGAGAGAAAGCGCAAAUUGAUUCUGUAUACGUAAGCUUGCGGGUAAGCGAGCGUCAGGCCGACAGAUGAAUACCAUGGCUCACAGGAGUCCCCAGAGAUGCUUUCCUUUAUCAUUGUUUUUCAUUUUAUUAUUUUAUUUUGCAUCUCUGGGAACUGUUUGGGGUUCCGGGAAUGUUCAGAGAGACUGGGUUCCCUCCCCUUCUGCAUUUGUGCAAGACUUGCUAUCCCGCUAUGGAACCAAUGAUACACUGUCCCUACAACAACUUAAAACACUUCUGAAUCACCUGGAUGUUGGAAGAGAUUAUAAUGUCAGUAAAGCUAAACCAGAAAAUGAGAGCCUGUCUCAGUGCUUCUCCUCAUCGUCAUUGUUCCAGGUACACAAUUUCUCAUCAACAAGGCUGCUUGACAGCCAUGGCUUAAAGGAAUUCUGCCCAACAAUCCUGCAGCAGCUACAGACGCAGGAUUGCAAAGACAACCUACAAGAAAUGCAGGAAGACAAACCACCUUCAGAAGAAGGAAAGCCAUCAGCUGCUGAGGUGUGGGGUUUUGCUUUUCUAAGUGUGACAAUAGUGAAUAUGUUCGCCCUGACUGGAAUUGUCUUCAUACCCUGCUUGAAGAAAAGGUUUAUGCGUUUGGUGCUGAUCUAUUUCAUCGCACUUUCAGUUGGAACCCUCUUCUCCUCUGCGAUGUUCCAGCUCAUCCCUGAGGCAUUUGGAUUUGAUCCCAAAGAACACUAUUAUGUUUACAAGUCUGCAAUGGUUUUUGGUGGAUUUUAUCUCUUCUUCUUCACAGAAAAGGUGCUGAAAAUGGUGUUGAAACAAAAAGAUAAGAGUGGCCAUGGACACAGCCAUUACCCAUCUGAGAAAUACUCCUCCAAGGCAGAUACAGAGGAAGGAGUGAUGGAGAAGCUGCAGAAUGGAGAGACUGCCCAUCCUUCUUAUGAUGAAGAAUCAAAGCACUUCAGCCUGGCAAUUGACAGCAGGGGUCUAUCAAACAGUCCAUCUGUGCAGGAUGUGCAAGGUGCUCAGGGGUCCUGCUACUGGUUAAAAGGGACAGCAUAUUCUGACAUUGGCACAUUGGCCUGGAUGAUCACACUCAGUGAUGGUCUGCACAAUUUCAUAGACGGACUGGCGAUUGGCGCCUCCUUCACAGUUUCUGUAUUCCAAGGGGUCAGCACAUCAGUGGCUAUCCUCUGUGAGGAAUUUCCACACGAACUUGGUGACUUUGUCAUCUUGCUUAAUGCUGGGAUGAGCAUUCAGCAGGCCUUAUUUUUUAAUUUCAUUUCGGCCUGCUGUUGCUACCUUGGUUUGGCCUUUGGUAUUCUGGCUGGAAGCCACUUCUCUGCUAACUGGAUCUUUGCCCUGGCUGGAGGCAUGUUUCUUUAUAUUGCUCUUGCUGACAUGUUUCCUGAAAUGAAUGAAGUCAGCAAAGAAGAAGAAGGAGGAGAUGGCAACUCUCUGGUUGCUUUUGCCAUUCAGAAUGCUGGACUUCUCACUGGCUUUUCCAUCAUGCUGUUGCUUACAAUGUACUCUGGUCAGAUCCAGUUGGGAUAAGCCUUCCCAGAACUGUCAACUCCUGCUUCUCCCAGAAGGAUACUCUAAUUGUCACUGGUCCAAAAAUGUCUGGAGCUGUCGAAAACAAAGCUUUAGAAAAUGAAGACAAGACGAAAUAUGUUCAAGAGGCAAAAAGUGGAGCAUUCGAUUUACUGUUCUUUAAAAGAACAAAAUGCUAAGUAAUGUAAAGCAGUCCCAAAUAUUAGGGGAAAAACAGAGUCUGGUAAUAUUUUUAAAAUUUGUCUGUGCUGAGACUCUGUUGCUGCUUGAUAUCAGUGAAGAUUCCCAAUACGUCUUGUUGUAAUGGUGCACAGAUGCACAUUCUUAGGAGAUUAUUUGUGAGAGCAUCUUCAAAUAUACAGGUAUAAUGUAUUCUGGGGUAGGGAAGUUAAUAGUUAGGGCAGUCAGUGCCAUCAUUUGGUUGUAUCCAUUGUCCCCCUAUCUCUGCUGUGUGCAUAUUUAUUUACCUAAUAUGCUCACGUUUACUGUGAGGUGAACUUUUCUGUAAAGAGAAACGUCGUAGUAGAAAGAACAAAGAGCUUUGUGUAUUUAAAACCUAAGAUGUCAUUUCCCGCACCAAAGGUUAAUGUGUGACUUGCUGUGUGCAUUGUUAGGGUCAUUUGUGAUUCUUUACAUGAUCUGAUUGAUUAGCACAUUUAAAGCCAAGCUGCUGUGGUCUCUCAGAUGGCGCUUGUAAUUGGUUCAUCAAAAACGUUAUUGAGUUUGAGGUAAUGUGCUUCCAAUGCAGUAACGGUCAUCACUCCAAGUUAGACAACAAUGG